CUGAUGAAUCAGCCGAUGAAUCAAUCACAGCAAAUCAUUGUGAUCAUACGCACAAUUAGAGUUAUCUUAAAGUUAUUCUUUUUAGAUUUUAUUCAAUUUUAAGUAGGAUUUUAAAAUAUCGUAUAUUGUUUAUGUAAACAAAAAACAAUAGUGAUUUGUUAUAAAAAAAUUUCUGAAAAAGUACAUUUAUUUCACAUAUAUGAGACGCUAAUCAGAAAUUCUUUCAUGGAAUGUGCAUCAGCGAAAUAAACAUCAAAGGUUUACAACACGAUUAGAAAGGUAUCAACAAGAAAUCAAUAUGUGAAAUCUCCGUUUUUCCGUCAAAUCUUCAAUGACCAACUUGAUGAUAAUUUUUAUAUGAUAUUUUAUUUCGUUAUUCAAUAUGUAUCGUCAUAAAAAUAUUCGCGGAAGACCAAACGCUUUUCCAGGAUAUGGACAUUAUGCGCGGUCAAUAUUUCCAACUAAUGCAUUAAAUUAUCCUGCAACGCAUCGUGACAUUGAUUAUAACGACUCCUCAGGUUAUAAUGCAAUUUUUUCUGCUGUUCACGAGGGAAAAUUAAUUUAUGCACAUAAGUUACUUAAGGAGGAUUUAGUAGAAAAAGAGUUUCAGGGCAGAACAUUAAUGCACGUCGCCGCAGCCAAAGGUCAUGAGCAAAUUGUAUGUUUACUUUGUCAACGUAAUGCUAGAAUCGACAGAGGAGAUCGAGACGGUAACUCACCACUGCAUCUUGCAAUAAAAGGAAAUCAUACUGAUCUCAUUCAUUUAUUUGUGAAAGAAAGUACCGUAAAUUUGACAAAUUCUAUUAAGGAAGCGCCACUUCACAUUGCCACGGCAAAUAAUCAAAUUCAGAUUGUACAAUUAUUACUUGAUAAUGGUGCCAAUUCGAAUGAACAGGACGCAAAUGGAAGUACACCACUUCAUAUAGCUGUUAAAAUGAAGAGACCAAAUUUAAAAAUCAUAACGCUUCUUGUGGAACAUGAGGCAAAUGGAAAUCUACUUUCCGAUGAAUUAUUCACACCUCUCUAUCAUGCAGUUUCUUCAGGAAAUAUUGAAAUAGUUCAAAUUCUUGUUAAGUACGGGGCUCAUAUUGAUAAAAUUAAUAAAGACAAUAAAACGCCUCUUAUUUUGGCUGUUGAGAAAAAUAAUGCAGAAAUGAUACGACAACUUUUACACAGCAAAUAUAGAGAUUCAAUAGCGACUAAUACAAUGACACCACUUCAUUAUGCUGCAAAAAAUGGUAAAUUGGAAAUUGUCAAAUUAUUAAUAGCAAACGAAUGUAAUACAGUGAAUAUUAAAAAUAAUGAUUCGCAAACGCCCCUGUAUUUUGCGACAUUCAAUGGUCAUUUGGAAAUAGUAAAGUAUCUGAUAGAAAACGGUGGUAAAAUUGAAUCAGCAUCACCUGACAAUGAAUCGCUUCUUCAUGUUUGUGCCACAAAUGGUCGAAUAGAAAUAUUCAAGUUUUUCCUUGAUUGUGGUGCAAUAAUUGACGUAAAAACAAAUCGACUUGAAACUCCACUUCAUUUUGCCAUUUCAAAGGGAAAUUUAAAUAUUGUUAAAUGCUUAUUGGAAUCAGGCGCAAAUAUUAAUGCACGAACACAAGAUAACGAAACUCCUCUUCAUUUGGCUGUAAAAACAGGACACGAUAAAAUUGUUGAAGAAAUUUUAAAUCAUGGUGCGAAUAUUAAUUCAGUGGCUAGUGGAAAAUUUUCAGCUCUUACAUUUGCUGUGAAAUCAAGGAAAAAGAAUAUUGUACAAUUAUUCAUUGACAAGGGCUGUAAAGAUUUUCAAACGGAUACUGAGAAUGAUGAGCGAGCUCUUCAUGUUGCAGCUAAAAAUGGAGAUGAAAUAAUUUUUAAAAUACUAUUAAAUGCCGGAUGUUCAUUGAAUAUUAAUUGUAAAGGAAAAAAACCCAUUCAUGUUGCUGCCAUUUUUGGCCAUGUAAAAAUAAUAGAAUUACUUGUAAAAAAUGGUGCCGAUAUUAAUUCGAAAAAAAGAUUUGAUGAAACGCCAUUACAUCUUGCAGCAGCGUCAGGUCGAGUAGCGGCGGUGAAAUUUCUUUUGAAUGCUGGUGCAAAGCAUGAUUUAUUGACCAAUCGUCAUUUAAUACCAUUGGAAUAUGUCUUGGACCGUGAAAGGCACACAGCAAUUAUGAUAAAACGUUCUGUUGAUGUACUCUCAGGAAGAAGAGCAGCUUUAUUUAAUGUUGAAAAUUCGAAUGCAAUUUGGUCCGUUAAUUCAUUAAUGUUUGAAAAAUAUCUCGAUAUCGUUGAGUUACUUUUGAUUAAAACUACUGCUGAUAAUUUUGACAAUUUAUCUAAAAUCAAUUGCUUUACUCUUGCCUGUCAGAUCAAUGUCAUUAAGGAAAUUCCAAUGAAUUCAGUAAAUGCAUGCAAAUCAAUAACAGAAAACAAUAAAAAUGUGGAAUUUCAGCCUGAUAUCGUUCAAUGUAUUUUUAAUUAUCAAAGGGGGCAUAUAUCUAAUGAUUUGUUUAAAACUGUUAUAAGUACAGCAAUUAAACAAAAUUCUCCCGAAGUAUUAAAAUGUCUUUUAGAAUACAAUGUUUGUGAUACGUUUAAUAAUAUUGUAAUAGAUUGUUCACAAUGUAACAUUAAAACUCUUACAAUCAUAAUUGAUCACAUUGAGAAUAGUAACAUCAUUUGUAAGUUAUUAUAUAAUUCCAAGGUGCGGCAAGAUGUUCAAAAUUUUCGAGAGACCAGUCUUGUUACCACUCGGGCAGAGGAAAGUGUAGGAAUUCGACCCCUACAAGCAGCUAUUUUAAGAUUAGAACUUUUUAGAUUUGAUCAUCUAACUGAAAAUCUUAUUCUAAACAAAAACACAUAUAUUGAUACUUUAAAAUUAUUAAUUGCCCGUUUAGUUCAAUUAAGAUCCAUCUCUGGUGAUGAAAAUCUUCUCGAGUUAAAAGAAACAAAAGCACUUGCCGAUUAUGGUCUCAGUGAAUUUUACACGGAUUGUGAAAUUCAAAUAAUCAACGCAAGAGAGACAAAAAUUCAUCUUGACUUUGAUGUAAGUUACUAUGAUAUUUUAUCACAGCCUGUUGAUAAAAUUGCAAACUUUGUUAGACAAAAGGAAUUAAUGAAAGUAUUGGAAUUAUCAUUUAUGAAAUUUCCAGCAUAUGGUGAAUUUUUGAAAAGAAGUAUCGAAAAAGGUAGCGACAGAAAAGAAUUAAUUGACAUGAGUGCCAAUUGCUUAUUAAAUGUUAUAUACAAGAAUUAUAAAAUUCAAUUGCCAAGUCUCGUUAUUGAUAAAAUUUUCAAAAAUUUGUCUGUUAUUGAUUUAAGAAGACUUCAACAAGCUGGAAGAUUUCUUGAUAAAAAACCAUUGUACACGCGUACUCAAUUUGGUGGUAGAAGAAGAAAAAUAAACUGAAAAAUUCUGAAAUGUGUCUGAUUAUGCUAUACUUAUAACAUAAAAAAUAUGUUCGAUUUAUUUAUGUGCUGUUUAAAAAUAUUUCUAUUUUUUUAUUUACUUAUAGAUUAAAUUUAAGAAUAAAUUGUAAGUUUUUACUUUUGCAUGUUUAAAAAACUUAAAAUUUAAGUCAAUAAUGUCAAAAUAAAAUACUUUAAUUUAUAGCAUUCAAUAAACAUUCAAAUUAAAUUAAAUUUUCAUAAUUUU